GAGCUCAGCGAGUUCACGAGUAAGAACUACACCUCCCAUGUUGCACUUCGAAUUUUUGACCUGCGUGAGUCCAUAACAUUGCGGUAGAGCUGUUUAUAUUUGGAAGGUUCAGCUUGUGACUGUGUAAGCUGAUGUACAAUAACGAUGACAGAAGAGGAAUUCUUCGAUAUAAACGGAAAUACGAUCUCACUGGACUGUCAGAGUCAUUCUGAGUUUUGCAAGGAGUUCACUGUAAGCGUUCCUAAACUAUCUCUGCGGAAAGUGAUGAACUACACCUGCGCAGUAUGGCUGACCGCGUAUGCUGUGUUUUUUGCUACUGAUAAUACCAAUGUCUUGUCGGCAGCUAUUAUUGUAACCCUUGUCGGGAUGAUGCUUCACCUUCACUUUGUGAAAAUAGACCAUGAGUCAAUGUUAAUUAUCGGCUCCCUUGGGAUUCAGAUUUCUGCCUCAUAUGCCUCAGGCAGGGAGAGCACGUCCUUUAUAGAAAUGAGCAAGGUCAAAGAUAUUGUUAUUAAUGAAGCCAUUUAUAUGCAAAGGGUCAUUUAUUACCUUUGUAUACUGUUAAAAGAGCCUUCAGAUCCGGAUGGAGUCAGUGCUGUUGUGCCGCUAUUCCAGAGCUCCAAGCCUCGCCUCAAUUGCUUGGAAGAAGUCUAUAAAAGUUGUCAAGACAUUCUGGGGCAAAGUUAAGAGCAUCAGUAUAAAGAUGGUGAUGGACCAGACCCAGACUGUCCUCUCCAAAAUUUACAAUAGACUUGACCAUUUGUUAUCUUCAGUCUGUGAACGCCUCUCGGUGGGAUGUUUCUCAGACGCCACAGGAGUGACAUUUCUUGGGGCCGCUUCACACUUUCCAUUGACACGGUGUGGACUGGUUGCUGGCAAAUUAAUUAGCAACAUUCGAGGUGUGAUCUUAAGUUCAGCUCCUUGCACUCUAAUACACAUCAGGAAAAUGAUUCUGCUCAAGUCUGCAUCACUAAACCCUAAACAUCCUGUAUUAAAAAGGUUUAUUUAUUUACUGGUCUGAGGAAGCUAUUCUGAAAAUACAUGUUAUACACCUGUGCACCUGUGGGAACCUACAACUAAAAUCAUAUACUGUGGUUUUUUGUUUUUUUUUUACUACCAUUAACGUGGUUGGGUUAAAAUUGUGCAGUUGAGGUUCAAAAUGAGAACAAUAAAGUAAUAAAGAAGAAAUGUAGCAUUUUACAAUAUGAUUCAAAAAAAUAAUAUGGGAAGUUACAUGACUAACUGUCCAAUAAUAAUUCACUCAUACAGUACUUGAAUAGAGCAAUCGAAGUUCAGAUGAUCACACUACUCCAAGAUCCCAAAACCAAAACUGUUAAACUAAUGCUAAAAUGUUCCUUUUUGGGGGCACUGAUAAAUCUGUACUAGAUUUCUGUAGGGCCUGUGAAUAGAAAACAUGACACCAUGGGGAAGUAAGUUAUUUACAAUUUUAUGUAUGUAUUUGUAUUAUACUACUACUAGAAAUAGUGCUGAAAUUGUUUUUAGAAUUUUAUUUUUAUUUACCGGUACAUAGUUUAAUUAUCAUGUGUUAUUGCAUACACCUACACAAUAAAACCAUAACAUUAAAAAAAACAUAUAAAAAGAAAAGGUGGUAGUUUUUAUUUUUUAACCAGGCCCAAAGAAGAGAAUUCAUUGAUUUUGUUGUACAUGCUUCUUAAAUUCAGGUAUGCUGUUCCCUUGGUGCUGCAGGGCAUACAGAUUUUAAUCAAAAAAUGGAAAAUGAAAACUCAGAGCUAUGUAUGGCUGUAAACACGGUAUAACAUGGAUUUCUCUGUUUGGACUGCAGUUGAUUUUAUGUGAACUGUCUUUUGAUGGCUUCAGCUGUAAGGGACACUACAAAUCAAAGGUGCUAGUUGAUGUAUGCAGGUGGUUAGGACCUGUGCAAAGAACGGUUAAGAUCUUUUCAGAUGAGAGGUAAUUAGAGCAGAGCCACUAAAUAAAAUCACUUGGAAUUGUUAUUUUCAGUCCCAUUGUCUACUGUCUAUUUUGUUAUAUGUACUGUAUUACCCUUCAAGACAGUCAGCAUUUAGUGCAUGCUGUUAUCUUAAUUCACCUGAUGUGAUUGAGUGUGAAAGAAUUAGGUCUGACAAUAGCAUGCUAAUAACCCACACUGCCAAUACAGCUACUCGACUCAUAAUGUAACAACAGUAAAGCAGGCUACAGUCCCAUCAGAUUGUUAGCAUCAGUCUCAUAUUUAAUAGCAAGGCCUCCUACCAUUUAACUGUCCUUGUGGUUCUGUUUUUGUGCCAUUGUUAUUA